UACUUUGCGCAAGGCUUCAUUUCUCCACAGAGAACCGUAACAAACAGUUGUGAGAAAGACGUUGCAUUUGUCGAUUUGAAUUCAAAUCGAUCGCUCCUAUUCUUGUUCACAUCGCAAAGAUGGAUGUCACACAGUUCAACGAUAAGCAAUUGGAUAUUCUGAAACAGUUUCGAGAGGCAGUCAGAGAUUGUCAAUUACCUAAUUCCGAAGAUGCCUACCUCGCUCGUUGGCUUAUUGCUCGAGAUUUUGAUUUGACCAAAGCCGAAAAAAUGUUACGAAAUUCAUUAGAAUGGCGACGGCGGUACAAAAUCGACAGCCUCCGUGAAGAUUUUAAACCACCAGACGUGCUUAGGAAAUACUUUUCUGCGGGUUUCGUUGGCCGGGACAAGCUGCAAAGUCCUUUGUGGAUUACCAGAUACGGAAAGUCGGACAUGAAGGGCAUCCUACGUUCUACCAAGAAAAAAGACUUUGUCAUGUACGUCGUUUACCUGGUUGAAACGAGUAUCUGGCGUGUCACGUCAGACCCGCAGAAAUACAAACGUUCACCCGGUGCCAUCGUGCAAACGACCAUUAUCUUUGACUUGGAAGAUUUAUCCAUGCAACACAUCACUAAUAAGCAAGCUGUUGAUGCUGCCAUUAAAAUCAUUCAGAUAUACGAAGCAAAUUACCCGGAAUGUCUCAGUCGUGUUUUCGUAAUCAACGCACCCAAGAUUUUUAGCAUUGGCUACCCGAUUUUAAAACCAUUUAUUCACGAACGGACCAGAAAUAAAAUCAGUAUCUUUAGUCACGAGCCUAAACAAUGGAAAGCUGCCAUUCUGGCGGAAGUCGAUCCGGAAGAGUUGCCCGUUUGCUACGGAGGAACUCUAACCGAUCCUGAUGGAAACCCCAAUUGCAUUACAAUGGUUAACAUGGGAGGAGAAGUUCCAAAAUCAUAUUAUUUCAGUGGUAAACCUGAUACAUCUAAUAAGAAAUCGUUGACAAUUGCUAGCGGAAGUAAGGAACACCUUGAAUUUCAAGUCGAACACCAAGGUGAUGUACUAAAAUGGAAUUUUCACUGUGAAGAUAGCGACAUAUGUUUUGCCGUGUAUCGCAAAAGAGAAAACGAAUUAAUCCCGAUCGUCCCUCACGAAAGAAUCGAGUGCCAAAUAUCGGCUGAGGAAGGUGAAAUCAUCUGCGACGAAACUGGUGUUUAUGUGGUCGAGUUCGACAAUAACUUCAGUUACCUCCGCUCCAAGAAGGUUUGGUACUCGGUUAAAGUGGAAUCCUUUUCAUCCAAGAUGGAAAAUUGCAACCGUUUCGACUCGCUCUAAACGCGCAAGUUUUAUUUAACAUGAAAAAUAAUGUUUUCUAGGUAGAAUUGAAUACACGCCUAUCCCGUU